CCCCUGGUCACUUCAACUAAUAUGUCUCAACCUCAUCUGAAUUUAGCACCCAGCUUUCGUGACGAUGAAUUCAAUGCAAAAUCCAGCUGCGUUUUCAUUUGAAUAAAUGAUGCAGAUUAAACCACAAAUGCCUUUGCCACACCUGAUCUUGCCGGCUCCUUCCCAGCCACAAUAGAUUUCUUGUCAUAGUAACCAGUGCGCAAUAUGUGAUUGGAAGAGCACCUCAGCAGACCGCUGGGCCUCCAAGGCGCGGCCAUCCUCAUUCUGUGCACCCUAUUUUCACUCAUCAGCAGCACGUCGCCGUUUUAUUUAAUAUCUAUUUAUUUUUGUAUAUAUAAUAGAUGCUAGCCCACAUCUCGCCGGGAGCAAUUAUACCAGAAGCCAUGCCACUGACUGAUGUUUACAUCGCUGGAAUGCUAGUGGCUUGAUAGAUCAAGAUACGUCUCCAGGAUGAACGUUGCUCUACAAAAUCUCAACGAUAACAUGUCAAACUAUAAACGUGCAACUUUAGAAGAUGAUGAUGCCACAGAUGCCCCUGCAGAGGGAACUGCUUCACCAGAAAGCAUCGAGGUCGGGUUUAGAAAAGGCAAGUCGCUUUCCCUGGGGCCAAUUGGAACGAGAACACAAUUGGAACUCACCUUGUUAGUUGUCCUCCUGGUUGUGGUCAUGACCUUGAUUGGUUGUAUUAUUACUCUGGUAAUAAAAAAUACUCAAGACCCUUCAAGUAAAUAUUGUCUGACGGAAACAUGCAUUAUGGUGGCUGCUAAAAUAACAGAAUCUCUGGACCGUACAGUAGACCCUUGUUCUGAUUUUUAUCAAUAUGCCUGUGGUGGAUGGAUAAAGAAGAACCCAUUGCCGGAUGGAAGGUCACGUUGGAAUACCUUUAAUAGCUUGUGGGACCAGAACCAGGCGGUCAUGAAGCACUUAUUAGAAAAUUCCACUUUUAACUCAAGCAGUGAGGCAGAACGGAAAUCACAACACUAUUAUCUGUCCUGUUUGAAUGAGCAAAGGAUCGAAGAGCUGGGAGCGCAACCUCUGAUUGACCUUAUUAACAAGACAGGAGGCUGGAAUAUCACAGGUCCUUGGGAUAAAGACAACUUCAUUGAAGUACUGAAAACAGUUUCGGGAACAUACAGGACAAGUCCUUUUUUCACAAUCGACAUUGGUACAGACUCCAAAAGUUCGAAUAGCAAUGUCAUCGAGAUCGAUCAGCCAAGCUUACUAUUACCAUCUCGUGAUUAUUAUCUAAAUAAAACAGCAAAUGAAAAGGUUUUAACUGCGUAUCUGGACUAUAUGAUUGAACUAAGUAUGCUUCUCGGAGGGGAGUACAAUUCAACAUACACUCAGAUACAGCAAUUAUUGGAAUUUGAAACAAUUAUUGCAAAUAUCACAGGACCCCAGGAUGAACGAAGAGACGAAGAGAAAAUAUAUCACAGGAUGACCAUUGCAGAUUUACAGAAUCUAUCACCUUUCAUUGACUGGUUGGAUUAUUUAUCAUUUGCACUGGCACCUCUGGAGCUCAAUGACACGGAACCUGUGGUUGUCUAUGCCAAAAAUUAUCUGCAGCUGAUGUCUGACCUUAUUAAUAAUACCGACAAGAGCAUUUUGAACAAUUACAUGAUGUGGAAUUUAGUGCACAAAACAGCAUCCACCUUGGACCAGCGGUUUGAAAAUGCAAAUAAAAAAUUUAUGGAGACUCUGCUUGGAACAAAGAAGUCCUGCACUCCUCGAUGGCAGACCUGCAUUGGAAACACAGACGACACUCUAGGAUUUGCCUUGGGAGCUUUGUUUGUAAAGUUUACAUUUGACAAAGAUAGUAAAGUAAUAGCAGAAGAAAUGAUAAAUGAAAUUCGAACAGCAUUUAAAGACAGCCUGGAAAAGCUUUCCUGGAUGGAUGAUAAGACCCGCCAAGCAGCUGAGGAAAAGGCUGAUGCCAUUUAUGACAUGAUUGGUUUUCCACACUUCAUUUUAGAUGCCAGAGAAUUGGAUGAAGUCUAUGAUGGCUAUGAAGUAUCAGAGGAUUCAUUCUUUCAAAAUAUGUUGAAUUUCUACAACUUUUCAGCCAGGAUUAUGGCCGAUCAACUUCGGAAAACACCAAACCGAGACCAGUGGAGCAUGACACCUCCGACUGUUAAUGCGUAUUAUGUGCCUACAAAAAAUGAGAUUGUAUUUCCAGCGGGUAUUUUGCAAGCCCCGUUCUAUGCCAGAAGUAGCCCAAAGUCUCUGAACUUUGGUGGCAUUGGUGUGGUGAUGGGUCAUGAAUUAACACAUGCCUUUGAUGACCAAGGCAGGGAACAUGAUAAAGAUGGCAAUUUACGACCAUGGUGGCAAAACUCUUCACUUGAAACUUUUAAGAACAAAACUGAAUGUAUGGUCAACCAAUACAACGAGUACACUGUAAAUGGAGAGCAUGUCAAUGGGAAGCAAACCUUGGGUGAAAAUAUUGCUGACAGUGGAGGCCUCAAAGCUGCAUAUCAUGCUUACAAAACUUGGGUGAAACGGAAUGGAGAUGAAAACAUCCUGCCUGCUGUUGGAUUGACCAACCACCAACUAUUUUUUGUAGGAUUUGCGCAAGUAUGGUGCUCAGUACGUACCCCGGAGAGUGCGCAUGAGGGGCUCAUUACUGAUCCACACAGCCCAGAAAGAAUUCGGGUUAUUGGGACAUUAUCAAAUUCGAAAGACUUUGGUGAACAUUUCAAUUGUCCCUUGGGAACACCAAUGAAUCCUGGAAAGCAGUGUGAGGUGUGGUAGUUGCAGUUGGAACUGAUGGAACUUUACACUGGAUAAUCUGUACAGAAAAUUGGAAAAAAUAUGCUGAAAUACUGAUCCAAGGGGAAAUCAUGAUAAACAAAGACAUACUAUAUAUUGUGCACUUUUUAAACUAAAUUGUUAAGAUUAUUAAAUGUUAUAAACAUAGUACAUGUCUUGUGUAUCACUAGCCUGUGGGAUACAAAGCAAAUGGGACAACUAUCUAUAGCUUUUUUCUGAGGAAAUAAAGUGGAAUAAAUUGAUGUAUUUUUUAAAAAUCCACAUGACCCAGGAUUUGAGCUGUAGAUACAAGCAUAUUUCCAAUGCAGAUUGAUAGUGUCCAUUUCAUUACAGAGUACCUUGAAGCUGUGCUUUUCUAAAUGAAUUGAAAAUUUUAGCUCGUUUGGCAUAGGCGGUAUAUUUUGAAGUAUUUUACGCUGCAAGUUUUGAAUCUAAUUGUGCAAUGCCAUUCAAAAAGCAAAAUAACGUACCUUUUCUUUGUGAAUUAUAUAUUACAGUCUGCAACUGAAUAACCAUCCAGCUGAUCAUGCAGGCAAUUUGUAUUUUAUCUAUUGUUACAGUGGAAGAGUAUAGGUCCUGCAGCCCACUUCCAUAUUACCUGUCCUUGCUGUCAGAGUAACAGAAAAAGCGUAAAUAUACUGCUCAUUCGCAUAACUAUGGUAGUGGAAGUCUUAACACAAAUGGUCAGAUUCAGAUUAUGGUAAAACAACAGUAAAGAGAAUUCUGUAUUUAAAUGCACAAUUAGUGCAUAAUGUAAGAAUUUUAAUUUACAGAUUUAAUAACUGAAAAUAAAUCACAAUCCCAGGUAUAUCGACCUUAUAUGUGCAAAGUAUAAUCUCACAUUUUAAAAUAGUAUAUGAACAAAAUAUUAAAAGUGGGAAUGCAACUGAAAUAACAACUUUUCAAGAAUCCUCCAAUGUUUGGUGUCAAAUGGGGAUAAUGAGGAAAAAGGAUCUUGACGAGAAGAA